UUGUUGUCGCAUUUGAGUGAAGACUGCCGUGGAGACGUUCCAGGUGAGCUGCUUGGAGACAGUGACGUCAAGACUUCAUGUUAGGAACUAAUUCAUCGGGCUUUGGAUCUUUUGCUGUUGUAUUAAAUUUUCCAACAGCUUACCUUAGCAAAAAGAUGCAACAUCUCCGGCUCGCUCAAGCCUUGCAUCGCGCUCCACGAAGCAUGACUGUGACCACCAUCUCACCAACCUCCAGGGUAGCCGUCUCCCACAGCCCAUCACCGGCGUCGCACGCCCAGACGGCCUCAUUCCACAUAGACCAUCCGCAACAAAUACACGAGCGUCGCGAUGAGCACAAACCCAAUGUGCAGGCACAAGAGGAUGAUGAUCACUAUGUGUUAACACUGUGGACGGACAAGGCCCACCACCAGGCGAUGACGGCGCUGCGAAGGCAGUGGUUCCCCAAGAAGCUGCUCAAGGUCAACGCGCACGUCACCCUAUUCCACGCUCUGCCCGGUACAAAAUUACAACAAGUCAAAGACGACGUCGCGGGCGUGGCAGGGCACACUUCGCCCUUUGACGUGGUCGCCUCAGGAAAGGGUGCGUAUCCCAUGGGAAAAGGGGUGGGCGUCAACAUCUCCAAGCCAGCGCAAGCAAAGGCGAGCCAAAUACGCGCGGAACUCAGGGAUAGAUGGGCGCCUUUUCUGAGUGAGCAGGACAGACGGGCGAAAUGGAAGGGCCAAUAUACGAUCUUGAACAAGGAGAAUGACAAGGAACGGGUGGGACGGUGUAUGGACGAGGUGAGGCGUGACUUUACGGAAAGUCGUGGCGAGGUCGAGGGGUUGAUCCUGUGGAGAUAUGAUCGCGGUUGGUGGCGGCAAGUGGAAAGCUUCCCGUUUCGCAAUGGUCAGUCGUAGAAUGAAAG